GAGAGAUGAUGGCGGAGGAAGAUCGGCGCUGAGCGCAUCUUUAUAUAAUUGCGUUCACUGAGGUUAUUGCAAUUAUAAAACAUAAUCGGCCUGCUCGCAAGAUCCAGCCAUGGGUAACGAGGCGAGCCUGGAGGGCGGUGAAGGGGCCACCAUGGUGGGGAUGUCUGUUUCAGCACCGAGCUCCGGACAGCUCCAGAAGCCCGUCAAUGGCGCAGCGGCCGGGGCUGGAGCAUCCUUCGAACCCAGGGCGGGGGUGAAUAGGCUGGCUGGAGGGGGAGGCCCACCAUCAAGCCCAAAAAUAGGCUAUGGAACCGGUAGUGAUCGAGGGCCAGGUGGUGACUUUGGCAUUGGUGGCAUUCAAGCAGGUGGGAACCUUUACAAACAGCCAGUCCAUGAUGGACCUAGGCAUUCCCAGACUUCUUCUACACAUCAAUCUCAAAUUCAAGCUUCAUCAGGGGGCAUGGGACCCACCCAAAGCCCUGGACAACAUGCCUCCAGACGCAACCUCCAGGUGGACUUUAGCAGCAGUGGUCGAACAGGCCGCUCACCGUCAGUGUCUCCCGACAGAGCCAGUGCUCCAACUUCACCAUACUCAGUACCCCAGAUUGCACCGAUGCCUAGCAGUAAGCUCUGUCCAGUUUGCAAUACUACAGAGCUGACAAAUGUUGAUGGAUCACCAAACUUCAACAAGUGCACACAGUGCCACACUACAGUGUGCAACCAGUGUGGCUUCAACCCCAACCCACACCUUACCGGGGUCAAAGAGUGGCUCUGUUUAAACUGCCAGAUGCAGCGGGCUUUGGGAAUGGACAUGACCACACCACGUUCCAAGAGUCAGCAGCAAAUACAUUCUCCUUCUCAUCAACCGAAGGCUGACCCCAUACCCAAGACCCAACCCUCAACUCAACCCACGCCACAGCUACAAACCCAAAACCAGACACAGAUGAAAAUUCAGCCUCAGCCUCAGCCUCAAACCCAGGCUUUCCAGAGACAGAUGGGUCCUAUUGGACCUAACCAGACUGGACUUCACAGUGGGCCACAAGCUGGUCUCCAGACACAAAAAGAACAACCACAAACAGGAAAUACACAAUUAGCUUCCCAGUCAGGGCUCAAGGAUACGCAGAGACAGCGAGGCGAGGUAUUAGGACCAAACAGUCCUGAAAGGGUGGCUCAGACUGGCCGGAUUCCUCAUCCAGGGGCAGUGCCUUUACCUGGCUUAGCAAAGGCACAGUCACAGUCUGAUCUGGGACGCAGCCCUCCAGUACGGUUUGGAAGUCAACCCGAUAAGACUCGAAGUGCUGGAAGCUCUCCAGCUCAUCACCCAAUGUCCCACGAGGCUCCUCAGGAUGGUUUAACUAAGCUUUUUGGUUUUGGGGCAUCUCUUCUAAAUCAGGCAAGCACCCUUAUUUCUGUUGAUCCUCUUCCUGGAUCCUCACCACACCCCUCGCCUGCCCGUAACCAGGGGACAAAGGUGAUCUUUAGUGAUGCUAAUGCUGGAGCUAGUGCUAAAACUUCAGCGGGGCCACCCGGCAGUGCCAAAAUGGGCCCAGGUGGAGUGACAUUCCCCAAAGGUCCUGGAGCCCCUCUCCAAAAACAGCCUCUGCAGCAGCAGUCACCAGUGCACCAUCAGAAAGGGCUGAAACAACAGCAGUCGCCGACACACCAUCAAACAACACUGCAGCAGCAGCAGCACUCACCACUAAAGCAGCCUCCACCUCAGCCAGUUAGUCAGAAACCAGACGUUACCUGUCCACUAUGCAAGACUGCCUUCAGUGUUGGAACAACAGAACCACCAAACCACAGGUCUUGCACCCAGUGUCAUACAGAGGUGUGCAAUCUUUGUGGUUUCAAUCCCACACCACAUCUGUUAGAGAAGAAAGAAUGGCUCUGUCUAAACUGUCAGACUCAGAGACUGAUGUCUGGUGGACUUGACCCUCUUCCGGUUCCACCUUCAUCACCCAGCCGUCAACCAAUGGGUUCACCUCGGCAUCAACAGCUUUCCAGCAAGCAACAGCAAGGACUUCAGACAAUACCAUCACAGCAGAAACCUCCUGUUUCUCAACAGAGUGGUUUCUCUUCCCCUAUAGCCAGACCAGCAAGUGAUAUAAAAACUUUUAAACAGCCUGCUACAGCUACAGCACCUCCUGUGUCUACCACUAAUGCAUUUGCUAGUGAAGAAGAUGGAAAGGAAACUGUACCCAAACUAGAUAAAGGGCCUGACCCUGGCAAUAGAGACAAUAAACUAACUCAAAAGAGAGUAACAACAGAAUCAAUACAAACACCUUCUAAAGAUGAAAAGAAAGAAUUACAGAGUAUUACCAAAUACUAUGAGGAAACCAGCAAGACAAAUAGCAAUCAUGAUCUAUCACGAAGUCCACAGAGUUUGAGUGAUACUGGCUAUUCCUCUGAUGGAAUUUCCAGUUCACAUAGUGAAAUUACUGGCCUUAUCCAGGAGGAAGAGCUAAAAAUGAGCGAGAGAGGUCUGACCGGACACCAUACACCACCAAGUCCAUCUGAGCUGAUUAAGCUAGAGAGCUCCAUGCGACCUCUUCUAGAGUCAAAAUUUUCUGAAGGGGAAAGAGUACAGGACAAGAAGCGUGGAAAACAGCAACAUGGUGACAUCAGGAAACAUCAGUCUCGCUCAAUAUCAAUUAGUCCAGAGGAAUAUGACUCAGAUGAGGACUUUGAAGGCAUUAUGGAAGAAGAUGAGGAUCCAACUGAGGAAGAGCUUAGAACAAUUGCUGCCUUAGAGGAUAACAGUAGCCAUAAAAAAAGAAAUUCAGAACCUGAAGAGAUUACUGAUGAGGAGUUUAUGAGAAGGCAAAUUAUGGAGAUGAGUGCUGAUGAGGAAAAUGAGGAUGAGGAUGAAGAAGAGGAAAUGGAAGAAGAGGAUGAUGAUGAGGAUGAAGGCUAUGGCUACAAAAAGCUAAAAAAGACUCAAAAGCACAUCAGUGACUCAGGAAAAGAAAAGCGCCGUCUCACUUAUCACUCAAGUAGCUUUGAGGAGGACAGUAAAACAACUAGUGAUGUAUACAAAGGGUCAGCUGAGGAGGACCUUAUGGCCUCGCAAGGUGGCUUACGCAGAUUUAAGACCAUAGAAUUGAACAACACUAACAGUUAUAGUCGAGACAUGGAGUUAAACAACGACAAUGACCUGAGUCUCGACCGAGAACCUGAACUGGAGAUGGAAAGCCUCACUGGUUCUCCAGAAGAAAGGUCAAGAGGGGAAUUUUCCUCCACCCUCCCACCAACCACCUCUAGCUAUACCUCAGGAAUAUCCCCUACUUCUAUAUCAUCCAUGGAAGAUGACAGUGACAGUAGUCCUAGUAGGAGGCAGCGGCUGGAGGAGGCAAAGCAGCAGAGGAAGGCUAGACAUCGCUCCCAUGGCCCUCUCCUUCCUACCAUUGAGGAUUCCUCAGAAGAAGACGAGUUGAGGGAAGAAGAAGAACUUCUAAGGGAGCAGGAAAAGAUGAGAGAAGUGGAGCAGCAGAGAAUACGAAGCACUGUCCGGAAAACAAAACGUGACAAAGAAGAGCUAAGAGCACAAAGGCGCAGAGAACGAUCCAAGACUCCCCCAAGUAAUCUAUCCCCCAUUGAGGAUGCUUCUCCAACAGAGGAACUAAGGCAAGCAGCCGAGAUGGAGGAACUCCAUCGGUCCUCUUGCUCAGAAUACUCUCCUUCAGCUGACUCAGAUGCUGAGGGCUAUGAAAUUUCAUCAAAGCUGUAUAAAUCUGGUAGCGAGUAUAACCUACCAACCUUUAUGUCACUUUAUUCUCCUACUGAAAAACCACAAACUACAUCAUCUACAGCUGCUAUAACAACUUCCUCUAGUGGCAAACAAUUAAAAAGUGCAGAAGAAGUAUACGAAGAAAUGAUGAGAAAAGCAGAGAUGUUGCAGAAACAACAAAAGCAGCAGACACAGCAGCAAUCAGGCUCAGGUCUGAUUUUACAACAAUACAGCACCACCACCUAUCAAGAGUCAGAUAUUAGAAAUAGACAAGAUAUUGAGGAUGAAUAUGAUUAUCCCGAUCAAGAUGAUCUCCACUAUGAAAAUGAGGAGACAGUCGAUAUCUAUGAAGAAAUCCGCCAGACCUCACAAAACAUUUCAAAACAGCUUGAUGACCAAAUGGAGAUGGAUGUGUCCUAUUCAGAAAAGCAGUUACUAGAUACAGGCUCAGCCUUUGCUAAGCUGCUGGAACAAAGCAAUGCUUUACUGACUCCUGGCACAAGUCCCACCCAGCUCUCAGCACCAGUAUCAUUUUCUGAAACUGGGACAGGAGGAAGGAUUCCUGAUGUCAGGGUAACCCAACAUUUUUCAAAAGAUGGGCCCAAAGAUAGGCUUAGAAAUCAAACUGGUAAAAAUGGUAUUACACCAGCAGUUGCUGCCACAACUAUUGCUGCUUAUGGAGUGUAUGCCAGGGAUUCUGUCACUGUCUCUCAAACUAGUGCCAGUCAAACAGUGUCCACUACACAGCCCAACUUAUAUGGUCGGCAGACAACCACAACCACUGCUGGUGUUUCAAAUGUGUCUCAUAAAAUAGCUGCAAUCACUCAAGCUUACAACCAAAGAGAAAGUGCUGCAAGGAAAAUGGCAAUCAGCAAAGGAGUCCAAAUGAGGGAUAAUUCAACAUCAUCAGAAACUAUAAUUGAAUCAGGCCCAAGUUCAAUUAGGUGUUAUACUUACCACGAAAGGAGUCCACCUCUUUCUCCCACUUCAUCUCCUCUUCACAGUCCAACAAGAUCUCCGUCUAGGAGAACAGCAGAGCUUUCUACUCAAACUGUUAACCCUUCAAUGUUAGCUUCUUUAGGGAAUGCUUCUCACACCUCUUUAGUUAUGGCACAGGGCACUCAAACUUCACAUGGGGUUGUUUCACCCAGCCUUUUCAGACAGCAGUCAUCUCAAGAUGCAUAUUUUAUUGUUAGAACAGAGGAGCUUGAGCCCACUAGUCCACCAAAACCAGCUACAGUUAACACAGCAACAUCUCCUUUGUCUUCACCAACAAGAUUUAGCCGUCAAUCAACAUUUGAUGCCUACUCACCUCCUGUCAGCCCUCCUGAUACUCCACCACAUCAGUUAUCACCCCAGCAUGGUUUCUAUAAGAACUACAGAGCUGAAAAAGUUAAUGUUGGAACUAGCAUGGUCACUACUGCUAGCAUGUAUACACGUGGAUCACUGUCAAUGGAAAACAUAUCACUUUGUCGGAUUUCAACAAUUCCUGGUACUUCAAGAAUUGAGCAAGGACAACGGUUACACAGUGGAAGUGUAGUGGAUCUACGAACCGGAAUAAAGCCAACACCAAUUAUUAUGACUGACCAAGGAAUGGACUUGACUUCCUUAGCCACAGAAUCUCGAAAAUAUUCUGGGUCGGCUGAAGGAAGCCCCAUUCGUCAAUCCACAACUAUUCAGCCCUUAAUAAUGAACCUCAAUACACAAGAGCAGCUGCAUGUUGUGACAUCAACAGCAACAACUGUCAGUGUUACUGUAGCUGCAUCUAUGUUCAUGUCCCAGCCUAAGCACCCUGUGCUGUAUUGUGAUCCCCUUGAAAACAGAUUUGAUUUGGGCAAAGAUAUGGGAACAGUAGUUUGCCUGGCACCAAAUAAGCCACCACCAGUUGAUCCAUCCAUACCAAAGAUUGAUGCUAAGCUUGAAGACCUGAGUAUCCAGCAGCAGCAGUUACUUAAACAGCAGCAGAAGCUUCAAGAGCAACAACAACUUCUUGAGCAGCAGCUUCAGCAACAUCAUCAGCUUCAACAACAACAAGCCGCAUCUUUUGCAAAAUUGAACUUAUCUAGCCAACUACCUCUAUUAAAAAAGGAUAUGCUUGUGACUCAAAAAAGCACUGCCACAGAGGUUAAUGUUAUCUCGCCAGGUAUGACAUCUGAGGUUUAUAGUGUUGGAGGUCCACUUGAGUUAAGGGGAAAGCAAGCUGAGACAAGUAUCAUGAAUUUAACAAAUGUUAAGCCUCAAGGGAUGAUGGUCCAGAUAGAUAACACUGCACAAGGAUCCACUAUAACGCAACUAAUCAAACCAGAGGAAGGCCAGGAUGCAAUGAAUUUAACAGGGCAAAUUAAACCAGAAAAUCAAGUAACUUGUUGUGACAUAGUAUAUAACUUGCCCUUUGGUGGCAGCUGUGUGGGUGGUCCAUUUUCUCAGAAACCAAUCACAGAUGAAAUUUCUAAGCCAUCAUCAAGAGCACCCUCCUCACUACCACAGCUCUAUCAACAACAUGGUUUACCGCAAGAUGGGCAAAUAUACCAGGAUUACACAAUUAAAUCAUACACAUUGCCUCUCCCUGGACGACUGCAACCAUCAAUGUCUGAAACAAACCUUGCAGAGGCAGGGUUGUCAUCAUAUUCAGCUAAGAUUGAUCCCCAUUUUCAUGCCUCUGGAGAAUUGUUCACAGACACAGUAAAGGAUGGCUAUGAUGGUGGGUACCUUGGAAUGGGGCUUCAGUAUGGCUCCUACACAGAUCUUCGUCAGGGUGAUGUUGCAGAUCCUCCAAUUAGAAGGUACAGCUCCCUGACCAACAUUAGCUCAGAUUAUGGAUAUUUCUCAGGUGAUUUUGCAGAAUCUAAUCUUGCCCAAUACAGUGCCACAACUGCCAGAGAGAUAAGUCGCAUGUGUGCAGCCCUUAACUCCAUAGACAGAUAUAGCAGCAACCCUGACAUACUACAACUUAGCACCGGAAGAAGUAGUGGUCCACCUAGUAGAAUUAGUCUGCCCCAAAGUCACAGACCUGGUUUCAAAUACAGCUCAGAUGGAAAACCUCUUUCUCACAGUCAAGCGCUAACUGAUCUAAUAAAUGCAAGACAAGCCAGUCUUCGAGCUAUGUAUCCAUCAGCUAUUAGAGCAGCUGAUGGCAUGAUCUAUUCAACUAUAAACACACCAAUUGCAUCAACAGUUCCUAUAACUACCCAGCCUGCACCUGUGCUACGGCCUUUAUUAAGAGGGGUAUAUAGACCUUAUCCUACACCAAAUAUGACACCAAUACCCCUGGCAAGCCUAACUAGACUGCCACUAGAUCCAAGGACUGGGCAGGCACCCUUCCAAUGUUCUACAUCUAAUCCUCUCCCUGUUACAACAUCUACAAAAGUUUCUGAGUCUCCAGCUACCACAACAGUCCAAGAUGCUCCAUUAUACCUUGGUAAGUCUCCGGUAAGCCUAACAGUAGCUGGAGCAGUAACACAGCCAAUUCAGCCUUCUUCUGUACCUGCUGGUCCUAUCACGUCAGCAUCUAUUUCAGUACCAAUGGCCAUGGCAAUGAAUCAAUCUGAUAUCCAACUGCAACCAAUAAAUCUAUCUCAGACCAACAUUCAGGCCAAGUCCUCUCCCCAGCUUCCUAUACAACACCAAUUACCAGUGCAGGGUCAUCCUAUUGCUUCCAAAACACAGCCACCUCCAUCAUCUCAAGGAGGUAGAACCACUACUGCUGCUGUGAGAAGUAUUGUUCCAAACCAAGAAAAGGAAACAGAGGAAAGACUGCAUCAACAGCAGGAACAGCUUUUGCAGCUUGAAAGAGAAAGAGUGGAACUGGAAAAAUUGCGACAGCUAAGGCUUCAGGAGGAGCUUGAGCGAGAGCGUGCAGAACUGCAGAGGCAUAGAGAAAAAGAGCAGAUGCUAGUGCAGCGAGAAAUUCAGGAACUGCAGACUAUAAAGCAACACGUUUUGCAGCAACAACAAGUUGAGAGAGAAAGUCAGUUGGUUCUACAGAGAGAGCAACUAGCUCAACAAAAACAGCAGCUUGACCAGAUUCAAUCUUUGCAACAACAGUUACAGCAGCAGCUUGAAGAACAAAAGAGACAAAAGACUGCCACGGCUAUUGCUGCAGCUAGUGCGAAUACUCAAAUCCUCAGUGAUCAAUCUGGCAGAAUAAUUCAGCCACAGGAAUUGGCCCCUGAUAUGUUGUAUAGUGAUGUUCAGGUUUUCUUAAGGCCACUACCAAAUUCUACAUCAGAAAUAUGCUUGAGAAAUAGUGAAGAUCAGACAGAAAUCAGGUCCAUGCGUAAACAAAGGUCAAUGCCUCGGCUGCAAGAUGGAAAUGAUGGAGAAAUGACAAUGUUUUCCUUGCCCCAAAGGCUUGUAGACUGUAGUGUGCAAACUGAUGAUGAAGAUGGAGAGGAGAGGUACCUGGUAUCAAGAAGACGACGAACUAGGCGCAGUGUGGACUGCAGUGUUCAGACAGAUGAUGACGAAGACAAGGCAGAGUGGGAGCAGCCAGUUAGACGUAGACGUUCCCGUUACACAAGACAUUCUGGUGAAUCUGGUGUAGAUCAUAAAUCUGAAGCACCUCCUUUUACCACAUCAGUUUCUAAAACAACAUCUUCCAGCAUUGCUAUCCAGACAAUUCGAGACUGUUCUUGCCAAACUGAGACAGAGCAGCUGGUUAGAGUAUCUCCAAGCAUACAUGUCACAAUGCCAGACCCCAGCAAGGUUGAAAUUGUCCACUAUAUUUCUGGUCCUGAGAGAACACAGAAGGGACAAAGCUUAGCUUGCCAAACUGACCCUGAGACACAGUCUCAAAGCAUAGUUAUUCCACAGAUUAGCAUUGCUACCACUGUCAGUCCCACCAGUGUCCAGUUAGUUGGUUCUGCAGAUCCACUCUCUCCAGGUCAACAGAGUGCUAUGAAGUUUGGGAGACGGAGACCUGAUCCUUUGGAGUUUGGCUACCAGCAGCAUCACCUGCAUAAUGAGUCUUUGUCCAGCUUGAUCCGGCAACAACCUAAAUCUCCACAGGUGCUGUAUUCUCCUGUUUCUCCUCUUUCUUCUCCACAACGCAUCAUAGAAACAUCAUUCUCUUCUAGUGAGAGGCUGAAUAAAGCACAUGUCACCCCGCAGCAGAAGUCCUGUAUUGCUGAAUCAUCACAGAGACAUCAGGCCCUUCCCCGCCCAAUGAAGAAUAUUCAGAGAUCUAUGUCAGACCCUAAGCCUCUCAGCCCAACUACAGAUGAAAAUACCAAGGCUAGGAUUUCACUUUAUCAACAGCAAGCCCUUCAGAGUCAGCUGGCAGCCCUGCAGCAGAGCUCCCUCCUAAGGAAGGUGAAGAGGACCUUGCCCAGCCCCCCACCAGAGGAGACUCACCUGCCUAUGGUCACUCCUAACCUAUCCCACAUGCUUGUGCCCUCUCUGCCAUCUCUUAAAGGGGGGUCUCGUUUAGCUGCAAAAGCCAGUCUUCUUAAGGACUUGACCCAUGAGUUGAAGGCAGUUGAGCAGGAAUCUACAAAGCUACGUAAACAGCAGGCUGAGUUGGAGGAGGAAGAAAAGGAAAUUGAUGCCAAGCUCAGAUAUCUGGAGUUGGGCAUCACGCAGCGAAAAGAAACAUUGGCAAAGGAAAGAGACAGGAGGGAGCUAGCAUACCUGCGCUGCAUGGGUGAUUCGCGGGACUAUAUGUCAGACUCUGAGCUCAACAAUCUUCGCCUGUCAGCUGCGGCCACAUCCUUUGACACCAAUGGGCUAAUGACAAGACCUAGCACGGCACCACUCAGCCAGUUUACCUGUGAGCUAAAUACUGCUGCCCAGUUUCCCCCCACAUCAUCUUUUAUGUCGUACCAGUACCCCCAAAGUCUCCAAACAGCACCUACCCCACAGGCCUCUACACUGCAGAGCACAGGUUUCAACCAACCUCCCUAUCCAUCAGUAACCCAAGCUCAAGCUCUCCCCCAACCCACCCCCUUGCAGACUUAUCCAACCCUAUCUUAUCAGGUCCAAGGGACAUUUCCUUCCCAAGUCUUCCCACAGAACCAGCCUCCAUAUCCAGCAGACACUUCAGUGCCACCUCCAGUACAGCCAAGCCAACCAGGGUUUCAGCCUACCCUACCACCUACUGGUCCAGUCCCUUAUCCAACCCACAGUACACCAUACCCAAGCCAGGCACCCCCCUAUCCAGUCAGUCAAGCAAGUACUUAUCAGCCACAGACAGACACUCUCACUUUUCACCAAAAGCCACGACAGACAUCGCUUGCUGACCUUGAACACAAGAUGCCCACAAAUUAUGAGGUUAUAAGCAAUCCUACAGUUGUAGUAACAACCACUGCCCAAGAUAUCACUUACAGCCAGUCUGGUUUGGGUCCAUCUUAUGGCCAAUACAGUACAACUAUGGCAAGCACUUAUGGCCCCUACUCCUCAUCUGUAUCAAAUACAUAUGGUGGGUCUUUAACAACCUCUGCAGCCUCUGGUUAUGGGCCAUACACAACAAUCUCAUCCAGUAGUUAUGGGCAGUACACAACAACUAUUGCAAAUACUUAUGGAUAUACAGUAACUACAGCUAGUUCCUAUGGGCAAUAUAAUACCAUUGUUACAAAUACAUAUGGGCAGACAACACUAUCUGACCAUGUACACUCAAUGGAGAGCCCCUCUAUGUACACAAGUGACGGCCUAUACGGAUCAUCCAGCCUUGAGCAGAAUGUCCCAAGGAACUAUGUCAUGAUUGAUGACAUAUGUGAACUCACCAAGGAAGGCAUGGGCACUAGUUCAGACUCACAUCGCAAUGAGGGACAUGGACGAUAUGGGAGUGACGGACUUCACACUCGAGGGGGGAGCUCCUUUGGCAGACCAGAGGAUGAACGUGAUGCAGAUCUGUACGACCAGCAUCAUGGCAGGGGUAAGAGCACCUGCAACUACCAAGCACAAGGGGCACAUACGCAUGGCCGGGUAGUGGGAAGCAGUAGCAUGGGUGGGGGAUCAUCAUAUUACUAUGAUGACUGCAGUCACUCAACACCUACAUGGGCAGCCCAGAGGCACUCCUCAAAGAACCAGUGCCCUUCAGCCGUCAUGUCCUCCAGGAGGAGCAAACAUCGUAAACAAGGCAUUGAGCAGAAGAUAUCCAAGUUUUCCCCAAUUGAGGAGGCUCAUGAUGUGGAGGCUGAUCUGGCCUCUUACACCAUGAGCACCUCUACAACAAGUGGUUAUGGCUCAGGUUCCCAUUACCAUAAACUUCAGGAUGGCAUCUAUGGGCUACGGAGUUCUUACAGUCCACAACGGGGCUACUAUAAUGAUGAACAUCUCUAUGGCUAUGGCAGGUCCCGUUCAGCUGGUUAUGGCAUGGACAAAAUCUCUCCCUGCGAGAGGGCCUACAGAAGCAGGUCAUAUGAACGGGACCGUAUAGACCGGUCAUACCGCAGCAACUAUGGCCACAGUGUGUGCCCUGCUUUGCAUUCUCAAUAUUCAGAAAAGGAGAACUCCCACCUCAUGACGAAGCUCAUGGGUGUUGGGAGGGCUUUCAGCUAUCCAUCAAAUUCAUAUGGUUCAAGUCACUCUCUACCUGAUGUGCAGGACCAUAUUCGAGACCUGCCCCGGACCCAUGUCUACAAACCAGAUGAUAUGUAUAUAAUUGACGAUAUGCAUUGUGCUGUUUCUGACAGCGAAGCAUACCAUCUUGGUCAAGAGGAGACAGACUGGUUUGAGAAACCUCGUGAUGUUCGUGGUUCCCGUCACUAUGGCAGCAGUGGUCAUUCUGGAAGACGAGGCCAUGUGAAGCACACAUACCAUGAUUAUGAUGAACCAACAGAAGACCUUUGGUCACAAGAUGAUUAUGGUCACACCCGCCACAUUUCCUCUAGAGAGCACCGCCAUCACAGCAGUGGAAGUUCUGGUAGGCACUCCUCACGCCACUCAGAUGAGCCUCGUUCCUCUCGAUCAUCACGUUCCUCGAAGGAUCCAUCUAUGCGACAUGAGUCCCGCUCCUUGUCAUCUUCAGGAAGGAGGGGAGAAUCUCGUUCUCAGGGCUACCACUCAUCAGAAUAUUCUCGUGACACCUCAGGCCACCACCAUAGCUCCCGUUCUGGAAAACAAUCGUCCCACCAUCAAGGGUCCUCCAGCAGGAAGCAACAGGACCACUCAUCAUCCAGACAGCCAGGAUCUCUUGGGCCUGGACAGAAGGGAACAAGUGGACCUGCAAGCUCAAGCAGGCAAGCUGUCUCUCAGCCACCUGUUGAUGGGCAACAAGGUCAGCGAACACAGCUUCAGCAGCAGGCACAGACAUCAGCUGCCAGGCCAGGUUCUCAGACAUCUGCCACGGGCACAACACAACCACAAUUAGUACAAGCCCAGCAACUGCAAGCUAAACCUGGCCAGACUGGUCCAACAUCUCGACAACCCACCCCAGCAGCACAGACAUCUCCAGCUGUUACUAAACCAGAGCCCACCCCUGCCACUGCUAUUGGAGCAAAAGCAGUCCCCAGCCAACCUGCCAAAACAGCCCAGCCUCCACUUACCGGGAUAGGCUCCAAAGCAGCUCCAAGGCCUGGUGGAAUUGGUAGCGCAGCUGCAGGUCAGCCGGGUGUAGAUGGAGAGAGCAUGCUGUCUAAAAUUUUGCCUGGAGGAGCUGCAGAGCAAGCUGGCAAACUAGGAGAAGCCAUCUCUGGAUUUGGCAAAAAGUUCACCUCCUUGUGGUGAGGUAGUACAGUUAAAGGGUGUCUAAAAUGACAGAGGAUGUUUUUGCACUGGAAAAACCUAUGAAGUUUCCCUAUUAUGUUUUAAUUUAAAGAGAAGAUAACUCAAGCAAGAAAGUGAGAGGGAGAGAUACUGUCUGGUUGCUCUGCCAACCUGGACUGGAAUCACAGGACUUUAGGUAUGGGUCAUAAAUCAAAGGCGACAAAACUGUUCGCUCUGAAAGCCAGACAAUGAUUUGGGAAGCCUGUACCCGUGUUCUAGCUGAACAACACGGCCAAAGAUAUUAACAGCCAACUUUGAGCACGACAGCUCUAAACAAGGUCCAACAGAACACGGCGGAGAGCGAAGACUCCAGUCGCACAAUGUCAACAAACCGAACAGGUCUAAAUCUUGACUUCUGUGUGUGCAUUACUCUGAAAACUAGAGCAGCACAGGAGAAGCGUGAUUCCGUGUGAAAUGCUUUUCACUCCCCUCUCAGGAAUGAAAGAAGAAAUAGCAAUGUUAGGACACUUAGAAAAACUUCAUAGGUUUUUCCUAAAAAGAAAAAAAAAAAAAAAAAAAAAAAAGGAAAAUCAUGACCAUGUGAACUAUAACACACAUCUCUAUGCUAAGUCCUUUAACUCAACAUUCCAGAAUGAAAAAAAAAAAAUCUGUUUGUUUGUUUUUGUCUUUUUUCUUCUUUCUCUUGCUAUGUGCUAUAAAAGUGUAAAGUGGACUAGGAAUGCAUGUAAUCCAAGACCUUACACUGUUCACGAUAUCAAUGAGAGGUUGACGAGGAGGAUUUGUGCAUUAAUACCCGAGCAGAGAGAGUAUGAUGAAGAGGACGAAAGAAAGUCUAGAACAAGCCCAAACAUAAGACUCGGUUCAUCACUUGGAAAACAAUGUCAGGUUCCGACCAAUCAGGUCUUUUUUAUUCAUUGUCCUUUCCAAAGUAUUACGAAAUUGUCCUCAGGCUGCAGAUGGGGUGUUUUUACAACCGUUGUCCGGUAUUGGCCAGUUGGAAUCUUGUGCAUUAUCUUUUUGUUUCGUUGUUCUAUUGUCGCCUUGCUAUGUUUGUAGAGUGUUUAACAUAUUUUUCUAUUCAUGAUAUUUAUUUUUUUCCGCAUUGUUUGUAUAUAGAAAAAAAUAGACUGAAGUUUAUUUAUAUUUUUUAAUUUGAGUGGUUUUUUUUUAAUUAUUGUUUUGAGUUCUUUUGUUUGUUUGUUGCCGUUUUAAAUCCAUUGUUACUCUGUAACUUGUUUACAGCCUUUUUUUUUAUAUAUAUAUAUAUAUAUAUUUUUUUUUUUUUUUGGGUUGAAUUUUAUGUUAGACGGUUUAAAAAUAGAUCAAAAGCAAUAGUGGAUGGUCGUCAGUCAGUAAAGAGCACAAUUGUUAGAUGUUUUUACAGUAGUGGUCAGAAGAGUGAUAUCUGUCUGUAAACAUGUAAUAUAUCUGUAAGGUUCAGGAUCACUGUCUAUUAAGUCAUUAAAAAGUGAUGCCCAGUCUCUUAUAAUAACACAUUAGGUGUCAAAGCCAUGAUUUGUUUUAAAAGAUUUUUUUAUUAAAUGACUAUAAUAAUGAAGAAAAACACAAAGCUAGUCGGAGAAAUAAGGGAGAUGCUUAGUGGAAUGUUGGAACUUUUAAGCAAGUAGAGAUCGCAUGUUCUGAAAAAAAAACAACAAAAAAAAAAAAACAAAUCUUGAUAUUGCUACGUGUUCUAAUGGUAGGUGUGAAUGAAUUUGGAUGUGCGUAUGUAUGCAUCUACAUUUGUUAUCAUUCAGAAAAAAGAAAACAAAAUCUGAUCAACAACAGGAAAAGAAACGUUUGGUCAGGGAACUUUUCAUUUCAGACCUUCUAUGCAAUGAUUUUCUCAGCUGAGAAAAAUGGUUGUCAGAGUAUUGAAACAAAACGAACCACUAAAUCCAAGAAUAACUAGAUAGUAGUUUCGAAAAUGUCACUUGGGGGCUGAUUUGUUUGUAUAAGAGAAACCGUGAUGUAAAUAUUAUAAAUCUGAAAUUUUAUUUCCCAUAUUUGUGGCAUGUUUCCCAUUUUGUGGCGCUGUUUUGAAACGGAGCCAAUUAGCCAUAGCGAUUAACAUAAACGCCAAUCAUUUCUCACUAUCCAUGGAUGGUUGCUGCUACAUGAACGGCAUACGAUGGGGUCGCCGGCCUUCAUGAUGCUUAGUUGCCUAUUGGUGCGAUACUUAAAGCAAGAUACAAACCUAAAGCGUAUGUCUACAAACACAGACAUCCAGAAACAACGAGUUGAGUUCGUUGCAGCGUUUAAAGGGUUGCCCCGUUUGGGAACUCUCUUGAGUUGAGAGGAAGCCCCGAUGAAACGACCUACGGCUUCCGAGUUGCGUCACAAAUUAUAUCGGUUUAUACAUAUUCGGAUAUAUUUAUUUUUUCAAAUAAUAGUUUGAAAUAACUAUACCAAUAUUGAAUAAAUGAUAUUUUAUUAAACAAAGGAAAGAAAUAGAGCUAUGUUAUGUAAAUGGAUCCGAAUGUAUAUGUGAUGGCAUAUAAACGAGUGUGAAACGAGCAGUUAUAUAGCAAUGUAGCAAUGUAUAGCACCUAUAGACCACUUAAAACACUCAACAGUACUGCCUGCAAUAUGAACUAUAUUAGCUAUCAUUCUGUCUUGUGUCACUUUUCUUUUGCGUGUGUGUGCGUGCGCGUGUGUUCGUUCGAUUCUAUUCACCUCAGGAAAGCAUAGAGUUAACGCACCAAGGGGAGAUAUAUGCAUCGCUAUAAGGGCUUAAUUACAAUACUAAGAAAGCCAUUCAUUCUAACACCCUAGGUUUGUGAUUCAUUAGGGCUGUUGACUGUGAUGUAUGUCAGGGAAACCAGAUCACCUGCCAUUAUCUAUGCUAUUUAGUUACUCGCUCAUUCACACGUUGCGAUCCUUUUUACCGGAUUAGAAAACAGUUACUCUUGUAGGAGUAAGUAUGUGGCACAAAGAAAGAGGAGAAACGACUGAUGCCGCUCUGUCAAAAAGGAAACAAUCAGCUAAAUUUGUUUUACAAUAACCUAAUAAUUGCAUGGGCCCCCCCUUUGCUGCUCAGUUGCACUGGCAACCAUUUUCACAGUUAAAAGGACGUGAAUAUAUCUGUAAAACAUGUAAAUUGUACUAUACUUCUGCACACGAAACAUUCAGAGCAAGGUGUAAAAUGACCUGUUGUUUUGUGUAAAUGACAUCAGAAAAAGAGCAUCAUGACAUAAACAGAAACCAAAUAAACAUAAAGAUUCAAAUAAAUCACACUGUGUAUGUGGUUGGCUCAUGUGGACUGUUUGGAAAUGUACAAAAAAAAAAUGUAUCGAGACGCAUUUUUGGUCUAUGGUCUAUACUUGUUGUGAUUGUUAAUGCAGAUAAAAGACUCUUUAAAAAGAGAAUAUGGCUUCCAUACAAUUUGUGGGUGGGACAAUUUGAAUUGACAAAUGUAAAAAAAAAAAAAAAAAAGAAAAAAAGACAACAGUUUGAAGGUGUUCGAAAAACACAAUUAAUGUUACAUUCACUGUUGUGAGAGCAUAUCCAUAUAUCCAUUGUAAACUUUGUGUUUGUUUCAGUGUAUACCUGUAGUAGGCUUGAUGUAACGUCAUGUUGUGUGAUGAAAGUAAUAAUGACUCUUCAAUACAAUCAGGAAAAAAUAAAAGAGGAUUUUAAAAAAACACCUGAA